AGACCACUGCCUAGGGCUGACGUGUUCCAUGUUCCAUUAUUGAAUUUGAAAUUUCAAUUACGCGAUCGCGUGUGAAUUUUUUUUUUCCAGUUGAUUGUGUUUCCCAGGAGGAGAGAAUCCGCAAAUCCAGUAGUCAUCAAUAAAAUGCGGGAGAGUCUCUCAUGACAGUUGGAAGUGAACACGCGAGCGGAAGCAAGAUGGCGCUCUCGAACAGCUCCAUUGCGAAGACGUACAACCGUCUGUUUGUGGAGUUAGCUGAUCCCCGGACCAAUGAUUGGUUCCUCAUCAAAAGCCCCAUACCGGGGCUAACAAUAAUCGGCCUUUAUCUGUACUUCACAUUGAAAUGGGGUCCACGGUACAUGGCUGAUAAGAAGCCCUUCCAACUACAGAAGACGUUGGUGGUCUACAACUUUAUUCAAGUUUUCGCCAGUUGCUGGUUAUUUUACGAGGGCCUCGACGCCGGUUGGUUGAGGACUUACAGUUGGAAAUGUCAGCCAGUCGAUUCCUCCACGACGCCAGAAGCUAUGAGGAUAGCACGAGGUGUUUACAUAUACUUCUUGGCGAAAAUGUCCGAACUGCUGGACACAGUGUUCUUCGUGAUAAGAAAGAAGGAUCGCCAGAUCACCUUCCUGCAUCUGUACCACCACACCGUGAUGCCGAUGAUAUCCUGGGGUGCGACCAAGUACUACCCGGGAGGCCACGGGACUCUGAUAGGAGUGAUCAAUUCCUUUGUGCAUAUAAUAAUGUACACGUAUUACAUGUUGGCUGCCAUGGGGCCUCAGUAUCAAAGAUUUUUGUUCUGGAAACGUUAUAUCACUACAUUGCAAAUGCUCCAGUUCUGCAUCGCUUUCCUUCAUUCUUCUCAACUUCUCUUCUACGAGUGCGGCUACCCCCGCUGGUCCGUUGUAUUCACCCUCCCCAACUCUAUCUUCUUCUACUAUCUUUUCUACGAUUUCUACUAUAAGGCCUAUGGAAAACCUGAACACAGAAAAAAUAAGGACAAAAAAGAAAACGGAAGCAUACAAAACGGUAUAGCAAAUGGAUCAAUAAAAACUGAGAAGAAGGACGAAUAAAUUGUAUUGUUGUACAUAAUACUAUGUAAAUAUAGUGAUAUAGUCGUACCUACUAACAAUGAUAAUGUAUAUAAUAUCUUUGAAUUAUUUUAAUGUAAGUGCUAACGGUUUAAUGUAACUUACCAGUGGUUUUGUAUUAAAGAAGCUAGUAAAAGUAUUUACCAUGCCAAAAAGGACAUUUGUAAAAAAUCUACAUUAAAAGAAUUAGUUUUUCUCAUACCGGCACUCGUUACCUAAAUUGACAUGACUAAACAUAUCAAUGAUUCCGCCAACAUACAUAGAAACAUACAAAGUAAUAAUGUCUCAAACGCUAACCAAGGCUAGAUAUAUUAUAAAUCGUGUAUUUACUUUUUGUAUAUUCACAAAAUACAAAUAUAUGAUUUUAAAAUAUUUAAUUUUACAAUCAUUAAGUCCGUUGUGCAUAUUAUAACCGUAACAGAAAACACGCGGAGAGUAAACGCAAUUAUAUGUAUUACAUUAUUUUAAAUAAUAUUGUAUUAUGUUAAUGCAUUUGAAGAUAGAACAUAGGGAAUCUAUCAAAAAAACUAAUGCGUUCUUCAGGUUAGAACUAUUUGGUACCUAUCGAACAAAUAUUAAAAACAAAUCCACAUGUAAUAAAUUGCUAUAAUUUGAAAAGCUAGUGAUAAUGUAAAGUAAAAGAUAAUAUGUACAUAAAUAAUGUGUGGUAAAGUGUAACAAAUUUUCAUAUUCGGCUUCCCCAUUUUAGCAUUUCACCCACUGUAUUGUGUAAUUUUCUGAUAGUUGUAAUACAUGCGUCGCGCGUCGCGUCGAGUGUACAACCACCCCAGCCAAACCACGGAUUGUUCUUAUAUGAAGGCAACCAGUUGGGAACCUAUCAGAAAAUUUGCACUGUACGUUAAAAGGAGCGUAAACCUAUACUUAACGAACUUAGCUUAUAUAAUUUGAUAGUCAUACUUGGUUACCAUUAGACGAAAUAAUUUUAAACGAUUACAAAUUAUUAUUGGACAUAGUAAUUAACAAAAUACUAUACAGCUACUACAGUAGUGCUAUAUUAUUUUUGGUCAGAUUUACCAAUAAUAUUAAUAUAGCUCGGAAUCAUAAGAAUAAAGUUGACUAAGAAAACUGUUUAUCAAUAUUUUCGUGAUAAGUAAUUUUCUGUAGCUAUCUUUAUGAACUAACUUAGCGUUAAGGAAAUAGUUAUUUGGGUAGGCCAAAUAACUUUUGUAUAUACCUACGAUAGUUGUUACAGACCUAGUUAAAGGUAGAGCAUGACUUAUACUCAAUCAAUGGUAUUAACCUGUCGAUUUUUAAAGACUUUCAUCGAUGCACUUUAGGAAAAAGAGUUUUAAAUAUUUAGUUACCCAUAUUAUGUUAAGUUUCUCCAUUUUGUGUUCAUCUUGUCCAUUUAAUUAUUAUGCUAAAGUUUAUUACAACUUUUUAUAAAACUAUGGUACACCUGGAUUAUUAAUGUCGUGCUGAAAUGUGAUAGAUCAGAUGUGAAACAUAAUGGCGUAAUGCAAUGAUAUUGUAUAGUAUCUGCCUUCACAUAACACGUGGGCCGUGGGUUGCUUCUGAUGACUCACACUAAACACGAUACUCUAUUUCAUUUCAGUUUCGUAUUUCUUUAACUGUAAACUAAAACGGAUGUUUUUUUUUCAUAAUUAUUUUAAAUGCUCAUUUUUCAAUUAACUUGUCACUACUCAGAUCUGUCAAUUAUAAAGUAUUGUGUAUAUUUUGAAAUUAUAAAUAACGAAAAUUGUGUAUUUUAGAACUAAUUAGCGAAGGUAGUUCUGUUCUGUUUCGGUUUAUUUUCAUUUUGACGAAUGUGAAAAAUGCGUCAUUUUAUUAUGGAGCAUAGCGUAAGGGCAUGAGCCACAUAACUCGUAGGGCUGAUGGACGUUGAGUUACCAAGAUAGAUGGAAUAGCGGUCCUCAACAGGGGUACACAUACAACUCCUUUUAGGGACACAAUAAUUACAGUAGACGUCUAUCGUUUCGAAAGGCUGAAAAUUAAAACUGAAAAUUAAUCUUUAUAACAUGAACUAAAUUGGUGUAAGAUGAAUAUAUAAUAUUCAUAAUACAUAUUUAUAAUAUAUAAAAUUAUUGUUAUUGGAGAUGUACAAGGAAAAUUAUGGUCAAUCAAAAAUCGUUCAGAUUGAAUUGUUAAGAGUAAUGUCUUCCAUGAAUUAAUAUGGAAGCAAUAAUGUUGAUGCGAUAUGAAAUGUAAAUAAAUAAAUUAUCUUUAAUAUUGUAAACAGUUUAUUCUGUUCAUAACAGAGUUUCAGUUUAUAACAGAGUUAUUCUGUUUGUCUCGUGCUUACCAUUCUAUAAUGUAACCUAUUAUUUCUCAAUAACUAUUCCCAGUGUUAUUUAGGUAUAAUCUAUUUUGUAUUAUAUUGAGUUUUAUAUUAUCUAUGCACGUGAAUUAAAUUGUUCUAAUACAUAUUUUCUAAAGGUGACGAGAAUAAUUGACAUUUCUCAGGGGAGCUCCAAUAGGUAGGUUUAUAAGAAACGCGUGCGCGCGUUUUUGAUAAAAAUAAAUUUGUAGGAGUCGACCGCUGGCUGAUACGGCCCACAUUAAAGCCUGUUUGACAGAUUAGAGGUUACUCUGCGGGUUUAGUGUUGUUUUCUGUAUCGUUUUAAAAAUAAAUCAACAAUCGGUAGAAUUGUACCUCCUGGGUGCUAGGCAUUAAGCCCGCAACAUUUUUGCAAAACCUCGUACUGUUUAUUUUUAUAUUCAUGAGUGGGGCUGAUCAGUAAAUAUUAGAAAGCCUGGCUUUUCGGUUACUAGCUGUGAUCUGUAAAAAAGAGUUUACACAUGUUUUAACAUGAAUUAUGUGCCUCACAUUUUAGGUGACAAUUGUAAGAGUCACAGCUAGCCCACUAAGCGCGUGCACACAAAAUCUGUUUUUAACUUUACUAUUCAGAGCAUUAAGGUUGCUUUGCCAUUUAGAGCAAAGUCAGUGAUUUAUCUUGACUUUGCCAACCCGUAUUGAAAUAGCAUAGUGGGUUUACAGUCUAUAUCCGUGUUUUCUAUGAGCAGAGACAUGUGACCCUCAGCUGAUGGUAGAAAAAAGGUAGGAUAAAACACGCCAAACGAAUUAAAAUAACGAAAUUCUCUUUCCAACUUACGUGAUGGCAACAUGCUAGAAAGUGUUCUUCUUAAAUUAGCUGUUAAUGAUUAAACUUUUGUAUUCCUAAAGAUAAUUUUACACUUGUUAUUGUAAUGAUAUCUUAAUGCAUACCGAAACUGGGUUUGUAUCAUAUUAAAAAGUGUUAUACUACU